AUGGGUCUCUUCUCCAGUUUCCUCGACAAGUUCUGCGAGCACUGCUCGGCCCAGUCCAUCUACCUCCUAGUGUCGGUCGGCGCGUUGUCCUUCAUCGCUGUGGCCGUCGUGGUGAAUGUUCUGCGCCAACUGCUGUUCAAGAGCCCGCAUGAACCCCCGGUCGUCUUCCACUGGUUCCCCUUUGUCGGCAGCACUAUCAGUUAUGGUAUUGAUCCGUACAAAUUCUUCUUCAGUUGCCGCGAGAAGUACGGUGAUAUUUUCACCUUUGUCCUUCUCGGCAAGAAGACCACCGUUUACCUGGGCACCAAGGGCAAUGAGUUCAUUCUGAAUGGCAAGCUGCGCGACGUUUGCGCCGAGGAAGUUUACUCGCCGCUGACUACCCCCGUCUUUGGAAGCAAUGUCGUCUAUGACUGCCCCAACUCCAAGCUGAUGGAGCAGAAGAAGUUCGUGAAAUUCGGUCUCACCUCCGAUGCGCUCCGCUCGUAUGUUCGUCUGAUCACCGAUGAGGUGGACGACUUUGUCAAGAACUCUCCCGCAUUCCAGGAAUCCAAGGGCACCUUCGACGUCACCAAGGCCAUUUCGGAGAUCACCAUCUAUACGGCAUCGCGCUCCCUGCAGGGCAAGGAGGUUCGGGACAGAUUUAACUCCACCUUCGCGGAGAUGUACCACGACCUCGAUAUGGGAUUCGCUCCGAUCAAUUUCAUGCUCCCCUGGGCCCCGCUUCCUCACAACCGCAAGCGUGACGCUGCGCAGCGCAAGUUGACCGAGACCUACAUGGAUAUUAUCCGCCAGCGUCGUGAGGCCGGUGGCAAGAAGGACUCCGAGGACAUGGUCUGGAACCUGAUGUCUUGCACCUACAAGAACGGUACCCCUGUUCCCGAUGAGGAGGUCGCCCACAUGAUGAUUGCCCUGUUGAUGGCUGGCCAGCACUCUUCCUCCUCGACCGCCGCCUGGAUUGUUCUGCGCCUAGCCACCUGCCCUGAGAUCAUCGAGGAACUCUACCAGGAACAACUCCGUGUUCUGGGUGAGGACCUGCCUGAUCUCACCUACGAAAACCUUCAGAAGCUGGACCUGCACGCCAAGGUGAUCAAGGAGACCCUGCGCAUUCACGCACCCAUCCACUCCAUCAUCCGAGCUGUCAAGAACCCCAUGCCCGUGGAAGGAACGCCCUAUGUCAUCCCCACUACUCACAAUGUCCUCUCGUCCCCUGGUGUCACUGCCCGGUCGGAGGAGUACUUCCCCGAGCCAUUGAAGUGGAACCCCCACCGCUGGGACGAGGACAACACUGCCAAGGAUGAGGAUGAGGAUGAGGAGAAAAUCGAUUACGGCUAUGGUCUGGUGAGCAAGGGUACCAACAGCCCCUACCUGCCCUUCGGUGCUGGUCGCCAUCGCUGCAUCGGUGAGCAGUUUGCUUAUGUGCAGCUGGGCACCAUCCUGGCCGCGCUGGUAAGGCAAUUCAAGUUCUCCACCCCUCCUGGUGCCACUGGUAUUCCGGAGACAGACUAUUCGUCGCUGUUCUCCAAGCCUCUAGGCAAGUCAUUUGUUCGCUAUGAGAAGCGUGGAACCAAGGAAUAG